GAAGGUAGUGAAGAAGAGAGGUUUAAGUGAUAUGAACUCCAUUGCAGUUGGAAGGGAUAAUGGAUAUUUUUUGUUUUCCCACCUCUACUCCUCCCUAUCCACUUAAAAAACACCACUUCGCCACCGCCUCUUACUCCCUCGACCCACCACCACCGCCAUCCUCCUCCUCUCUCCGCCGUCCCAACUCCCUCAAACCCACCACAAAACACCCCACUCCUCCUCCUCCUCCUUCUCCUCCUCCUAAAACCCUCAAAAACCCAUUCAAAACCCUUCUCAAUGUACCCUCUCCACCAACAACCACCCACUCUCUCUCCUCCAAACUUCGUCUCACCAGCAAACUCUCCCCCCCUCCACCACCACCACCACAACCACCGUCACCCCCACCACCUCCUCCGCCAGUCCAAACUCUCAAAACUGAGCAUCAGAAACCUGAAUUUCGCCAACAGGGUAAAAUAUUUAUUGGGAACCUACCGAACUGGAUAAAAAAGCAUGAAAUAACCGAAUUCUUUAGACAGUUUGGUCCGAUAAAAAAUGUAAUUUUGAUAAAAGGGUACAAUGAGAGUGAACGAAAUGCUGGAUUUGGGUUUGUUAUCUAUGAUGGAACCACAGCUGAAAAAUCUGCAAUGAAAGCUGUGGAGUUUGAUGGAAUGGAGUUCCAUGGCAGAGUUUUAACGGUCAAAUUGGAUGAUGGCAACAGAUUGAAAGGUAAAGCUGAGGAAAGAAGGAGAUGGGUUGGUGGAGAGGAUGGGGAUGAUUGUUAUAAGUCUGAGUGGCAUCAGCAAAGACAAGGGUCUAGAGAGAGUUUUCGGAGGGUUCUCGACACGCAACGGGAGAAUUGGCAGGCUGUUGUUACGGCUUUCGAGAGGAUUAACAAGCCUUCCAGAAGGGAGUAUGGAUUGAUGGUGAGCUUUUAUGCAAGACGAGGGGAUAUGCAUCGUGCUCGUCAAACUUUUGAGAGCAUGCGAGCAAGGGGAAUAGAGCCAACGUCACAUGUAUACACUAGCCUUAUUCACGCUUAUGCAGUUGGCAGAGACAUGGAAGAAGCACUGUCCUGUGUCAGGAAAAUGAAAGAAGAAGGCAUUGUAAUGAGCUUGGUUACCUAUAGCAUAAUUGUAGGGGGGUUUGCUAAAAUUGGCAAUGCUGAUGCUGCAGAUCGCUGGUUUAAGGAGGCGAAAGAUAAACAUUCACAGAUGAAUGCCAUCAUUUAUGGCAACAUUAUUUAUGCUUAUUGUCAAACAUCUAAUAUGGAUCAAGCUGAGGCUUUGGUGAGGCAGAUGGAAGAAGAAGGUAUAGAUGCUCCUAUUGACAUUUAUCACACAAUGAUGGAUGGCUAUACCAUGGUUGGUAAUGAAGAGAAAGGCCUUACUGUUUUCGAAAGACUUAAGGAAUGUGGAUUUGCACCCUCAGUUGUCAGCUAUGGAUGUCUCAUCAAUCUUUAUACCAAGGUUGGUAAAGUCUCCAAAGCCCUGGAAGUUAGCACAAAGAUGGAAGCAGCUGGCAUAAAACACAACAUGAAGACUUACUCCAUGUUGAUCAAUGGUUUCUUGAAGUUAAAAGAUUGGGCCAAUGCAUUUGCAAUUUUUGAAGAUGUUAUCAAGGAUGGGUUAAAGCCUGACGUGGUGCUCUAUAAUAACAUAAUUAAAGCGUUCUGUGGCAUGAAAAAUAUGGAUCGUGCCAUAUGUAUGGUGAAGGAAAUGCAGAAGGAAAGGCAUAGGCCUACUUCCCGUACAUUUAUGCCCAUUAUUCAUGGAUUUGCACGGGCUGGAGAAAUGAGAAGAGCUCUAGAAGUUUUUGAUAUGAUGAGGAGGAGUGGAUGUAUUCCCACCGUGCACACUUUCAAUGCUUUGAUUCUUGGCUUGGUGGAGAAGCGCCAGAUGGAGAAAGCUGUUGAAAUAUUAGAUGAAAUGGCAUUGGCAGGAGUAAAUCCAAAUGAACAUACAUACACCAACAUCAUGCAUGGAUAUGCAGCACUGGGUGAUACUGGAAAAGCUUUUGAGUAUUUCACGAAACUAAGAAAUGAUGGCCUGGAGCUUGAUGUAUACACAUAUGAAGCACUGUUGAAGGCAUGCUGCAAGUCGGGCAGAAUGCAAAGUGCUUUAGCAGUAACAAAAGAAAUGAGUGCUCAAAAAAUUCCAAGAAACACUUUUGUUUAUAACAUUUUAAUUGACGGAUGGGCUCGAAGAGGUGAUGUUUGGGAGGCUGCUGACCUUAUGCAACAAAUGAGACAAGAAGGAGUUCAACCUGAUAUUCAUACUUACACAUCAUUUAUAAAUGCUUGUUGCAAAGCUGGUGACAUGCUGAGAGCUGCAAAAGUCAUGGAGGAAAUGAAAGGUUCUGAGGUGAAGCCAAAUGUUAAAACCUACACUACACUGAUACAUGGGUGGGCGCGUGCAUCUCUUCCAGAAAAGGCGUUGGGGUGCUUUGAAGAAAUGAAAAUGGCAGGAUUGAAGCCUGAUAAGGCUGUAUACCAUUGCUUGAUGACAGCAUUUCUCUCCCGGGCCACUGUUACGGAAGCAUAUGUUCGCUCUGCUAUUCUUAACAUUUCUAAAGAAAUGGUAGAAUCUGAGUUGAUUGUUGAUAUGGGGACGGCAGUUCACUGGUCCAAGUGCUUACGCAAGAUUGAGAGAACAGGUGGGGAGCUUACGGAAGCUUUGCAGAAGACAUUUCCUCCUGAUUGGAACAUGCGCCACAGUGUUGAUGCAGAUCCCGAGUCAUAUAGCGAUGAUGAGCUUGGCAGUGAUGGUGAGGACGGCAUGCAUUGUGGCGGAACUGAUGUUGUCGUUGAAGAUGACAUUGAUAAUGACAAUGAUGAAGAUGAUUAUUUUAACCGAAGACUGUUGGCGUAAACUUAUAAACUGCUGUGAUUCUUGCCAUUUGAUGUUUCCACCGAGCAUAGCAGGUGGUUUUGCUAUCAGGUUGAGCAUACUAUUUUUACCCCUUCAUAGUUGUUUUCCGUAGAAAUUGUCAGCUUAAUAUGUUUUGCAAUUGAAAGUAUGAGCAAAUGGCUAAUUGUAUAAAAUUUGUAUUAUUUAUAAAGUGAUAGCAAAUCUUAGUUUGCUUAUUUAAA